AUGGACACAACUAAGCCAGUCAGGUGCCUUCUUUCCUAUUCACUCCUCGAUUCAGCUCUCUGCCUAGCUUUUGCAGAUCUCGUUCGUUGCAUAAUGUCGAAGUCCGGCGCUAUGGAUCUCGCCUCGGGCCUUGGUGGUAAAAUCGAUAAAUCCGAUGUCCUCACCGCCGUCGAAAAGUAUGAGAAUUAUCACGGUUUCCAUGGAGGAGAUGAGGAAGAGAGAAAAGCAAAUUACACAGACAUGGUUAAUAAGUACUAUGACCUUGCUACUAGCUUUUAUGAGUACGGUUGGGGAGAAUCCUUCCAUUUUGCGCACAGAUGGAAUGGAGAAUCACUUCGUGAGAGUAUUAAACGACAUGAGCACUUUCUUGCUCUUCAGCUUGGCAUAAAACCAGGACAAAAGGUACUGGAUGUUGGAUGUGGAAUUGGUGGACCGCUGAGAGAAAUUGCACGAUUCAGCAAUUCAUCUGUAACUGGGCUCAACAAUAACGAGUACCAGAUCACCAGAGGCAAGGAACUAAACCGACUUGCUGGUAUUGACAAGACAUGUGACUUUGUCAAGGCUGACUUCAUGAAGAUGCCAUUCCCUGAAAACAGUUUCGAUGCAAUUUAUGCAAUUGAAGCAACCUGCCACGCACCUGAUGCAUAUGGAUGCUACAAAGAGAUCUACAGAGUGCUAAAGCCAGGGCAGUGUUUUGCUGCCUUUGAGUGGUGCAUGACUGAUGCAUUUGACCCUGAGAACGCCCAGCAUCAGAAAAUAAAGCUAGAGAUAGAGGUUGGAGAUGGUCUGCCUGACAUUAGGCGGACUACAAAAUGCCUCGAAGCUCUGAACCAGGCCGGUUUUGAAGUGAUUUGGGAAAAGGAUCUGGCCAAGGACUCGCCGGUCCCAUGGUACUUACCUCUGGACAAAAACCACUUUUCGCUCAGUAGCUUCCGCCUAACAGCUGUUGGACGCUUCAUAACCAAAAACUUGGUCAAGGUCCUUGAGUACGUAAGACUCGCACCUCAAGGAAGCCAAAGGGUUUCAGGUUUUCUGGAGAAGGCCGCUGAAGGAUUAGUCGACGGUGGAAAGAGAGAGAUUUUCACGCCAAUGUACUUCUUCUUGGCCCGGAAGCCAGAGUGA